AUAAAGAUAUCCUUUUUGAAUUGCUUAAAAGUGAGGAUCUUGAGAUUAAAGAAAUCGUCGCUUGGGAUUGUUUAAUUAAAUGGGGUAUAGAACAGACUCCUGAACUGGAAAGCAAGAAGUGUGAUGUAGCUACAUGGAAUCAAGAGGAUUUUGAAGCUGCUGAUUUUUAUGAUAAAGUUCGACCUUAUAAAGCUAUCAUUCCUCAUAAUAUUUAUGAAGAGAUUACAUUACCAAAGUUAUCAACUUUACCGCCUCACUGUGAAUCACUUUCAAAUUAUAACUCAGAUAAUGAAAAUUUUCCUAACGAUUUUAUCGAAAAUAUUCUAGAUGAUAGUGAAAGUAGGAUUCCAAAAGGAAAACCACCAGAUACUGCAAGAUUCAAAGGACCUUUAUAA